UCUCGCGCUGCAGCUCUGGUCUAGUCGCAACGAGAUCUUUCGAGAUCUUCUCCGCCCCCGCUACCGGCGUCCAUCCGCGGCCGCUGAGCCGGAGCCGGCCUUAGCGGCGCCCUAGGCUGCGGUCCCCUUCCGAGGACCUAGGCGUUCUCGGGGACACCCGCACAUUCUCCGGUAGACCGGGUCCCGGGGCCCACGCGGCCUGCUCUCUGCGCGCCAGCCCCGCCGGGGUCCGUGUCCUGUCUCGGCGGCCGGACCCGGGCCCGAGCUUCAGCACUAGCCGGCGCCAUGUCGGUGGUGGGCAUAGACCUGGGCUUCCAGAGCUGCUACGUCGCCGUAGCCCGCGCCGGCGGCAUCGAGACGAUUGCUAACGAGUAUAGCGACCGCUGCACGCCGGCUUGCAUUUCUUUUGGUCCUAAGAAUCGUUCAAUUGGAGCAGCAGCUAAAAGUCAGGUCAUUUCCAAUGCAAAGAACACAGUUCAAGGGUUUAAAAGAUUCCAUGGCCGAGCAUUCUCUGAUCCAUUUGUGGAAGCAGAAAAAUCGAACCUUGCAUAUGACAUCGUGCAGCUACCCACAGGAUUAACUGGUAUAAAGGUGACAUAUAUGGAAGAAGAGCGAAAUUUUACCACCGAGCAGGUGACAGCCAUGCUUCUGUCCAAACUGAAGGAGACAGCAGAAAGUGUUCUUAAAAAGCCUGUUGUUGACUGUGUGGUUUCGGUUCCUUGUUUCUAUACUGAUGCAGAAAGACGGUCAGUGAUGGAUGCAACACAGAUUGCUGGUCUCAAUUGCCUGCGAUUAAUGAAUGAAACUACUGCGGUUGCUCUUGCAUAUGGAAUUUAUAAGCAAGAUCUUCCUGCCUUAGAAGAGAAACCAAGAAAUGUAGUUUUUGUAGACAUGGGGCAUUCUUCUUAUCAAGUUUCUGUAUGUGCAUUUAAUAAAGCAAAACUGAAAGUUCUGGCCACCGCGUUUGACCCAACACUGGGAGGCAGAAAAUUUGAUGAGGUGUUAGUGAAUCACUUCUGUGAAGAGUUUGGGAAGAAAUACAAGCUAGACAUAAAGUCCAAAAUUCGUGCAUUAUUACGACUCUCUCAGGAGUGUGAGAAACUCAAGAAAUUGAUGAGUGCGAAUGCUUCAGACCUCCCUUUGAGCAUUGAAUGUUUUAUGAAUGAUGUCGAUGUAUCUGGAACCAUGAAUAGAGGCAAAUUUUUGGAGAUGUGUGAUGAUCUGUUAGCUAGAGUGGAGCCACCACUUCGUAGUGUUUUGGAACAAGCCAAGUUGAAGAAGGAAGAUAUUUAUGCAGUGGAGAUUGUUGGUGGUGCUACACGAAUCCCUGCAGUAAAAGAGAAGAUCAGCAGAUUUUUUGGUAAAGAACUUAGUACAACAUUAAAUGCUGAUGAAGCUGUCACUCGAGGCUGUGCAUUACAGUGUGCAAUCUUAUCGCCUGCUUUCAAAGUCAGAGAAUUUUCUAUCACUGAUGUAGUACCAUACCCAAUAUCUCUGAGGUGGAAUUCUCCAGCUGAAGAAGGGUCAAGUGACUGUGAAGUCUUUUCAAAAAAUCAUUCUGCUCCUUUCUCAAAAGUCCUCACAUUUUAUAGAAAGGAACCUUUUACGCUUGAGGCCUAUUACAGCUCUCCCCAGGAGUUGCCUUAUCCAGAUCCUGCUAUAGCUCAGUUUUCAGUUCAGAAAGUCACUCCCCAGUCUGACGGCACCAGUUCCAAAGUGAAAGUCAAGGUUCGAGUGAAUGUCCAUGGCAUUUUCAGUGUGUCUAGUGCCUCCCUAGUGGAAGUGCACAAGUCUGAGGAAAACGAGGAACCAAUGGAAACGGAUCAGAAUGCAAAGGAGGAAGAGAAGAUGCAAGUGGACCAGGAGGAGCCACAUGUUGAGGAGCAGCAGCAGCAGACACCAGCAGAAAAUAAGACAGAGGCUGAAGAAAUGGAGACCUCUCAAGCUGGAUCAAAAGACAAAAAGAUGGACCAACCACCUCAAGCCAAGAAGGCGAAAGUGAAGACCAGCACUGUGGACCUGCCGAUUGAGAACCAGCUGUUGUGGCAGAUAGACAGAGAGAUGCUCAACUUGUACAUUGAAAAUGAGGGUAAGAUGAUCAUGCAAGAUAAACUGGAGAAGGAGCGGAAUGAUGCUAAGAACGCAGUGGAAGAGUAUGUGUAUGAGAUGAGAGACAAGCUUGGUGGGGAGUACGAGAAGUUCGUGAGUGAAGAUGAUCGUAAUAGUUUUACUUUGAAACUAGAAGAUACUGAAAAUUGGUUGUAUGAAGACGGUGAAGACCAACCAAAGCAAGUUUAUGUCGACAAGUUGGCUGAAUUAAAAAAUUUAGGUCAGCCUAUUAAGAUGCGGUUCCAGGAAUCUGAGGAAAGACCAAAAUUAUUCGAAGAACUAGGGAAACAAAUCCAACAGUACAUGAAAGUAAUCAGCUCUUUCAAAAACAAGGAGGAUCAGUAUGACCAUCUGGAUGCUGCUGACAUGAUGAAGGUAGAAAAAAGCACGAAUGAAGCGAUGGAGUGGAUGAAUAAUAAGUUGAAUCUGCAGAACAAGCAGAGUCUGACUAUGGAUCCUGUUGUCAAGACGAAAGAGAUUGAAGCUAAAAUUAAGGAGCUGACGAGUAUUUGCAACCCUAUAAUUUCAAAGCCCAAACCCAAAGUGGAACCUCCUAAAGAAGAACAAAAAAAUGCAGAGCAGAAUGGACCAGUGGAUGGACAAGGAGACAGUCCAGGCCCCCAGGCUGCCGAGCAGGGCACAGAUUCAGCUGUGCCUUCAGAUUCAGACAAGAAGCUUCCCGAAAUGGACAUUGAUUGAUUUCAACACUUGUUUAUAUUAAAACAGACUAUUAUAAAGCUUUAAGUUGUCAACUUUGUUCUAAAUAUCAACUAGAACAAGUGAAUACUGAAGAUUUCUUAGUCAGUUUUUAGGGGGGAUUUUGGGGGUGGGGUUAUAGGUAAUGUAUGGAGCAUUUUGACUUCUAAAUAGCUAGGUACAGAAAUUAAGUGCAUUGUAUCUCUUUCAUGAUGGUACUAUUUAGAAGCCCAGUUAGUCUUACUGAGCUUAGGUUUCACUCCUUUUAUGUUUAAUCAUGCUUCUACCAGAAUAAGUUUGUUUUGGAAAGUUGAGCUAUAACAAAAGCUAUAAACUAGCUAUCAAGCAGACUUCAUUAUGACAUAAGUGGCAGGAGCUUUAAUUAUGUUUCAAAAAUCUGUCGUCGAUAUUGCCACAAGGCUUCCUGCCAGGCGUGGGCAUGGAUGUGGAUGUGGGGACUGGGUCUCCAUAUAUUUCUGAGGGCUAGAGCAUGGCAUGGCAUGGAUUACCAUAGCAGAGCCCCGAAGGCAUGCUCUGAGCUUCACACUUCACCUCCACUCCCUCCCUACCCUCUCCUCUGCCCUCUGCGAAUUAAAGAGCUCCUCAGUAUAAAUGCCAUGUGCUGUUCUUGGGAAGGUAGACUCCCUCGCCUGGAGGGAGUUGUUAACGGAGGAUUUUAUACCUGGAGACUUUUCCUGGGAAGUAUGUUCAUUAAUCACCUGAGCAUCACAGUCUAGUUUCUCUUCAGGACCUUCAAGUUGGGUAAAUGGACUGUUGGAUUACAGGCAUGGUAAAUGGAACUGAGGGACUAACCCUUGUUAAUCAUGGUGUAAAGACUGGAGUCCUGGUGUGCAGGUGGUAGAUGUUCUGUGUAAAUUGGAGGUAUAGCUAAACUCCCAGGACAGGAUUUAAAAGUUCUUUUUCGCUCAUUCACAGUCACAUAUAUGUUAAGUGUUAGUAUCUGUCACGAAUCUGCCAAUUUGUACAUUAAACAGGUGACAGAUGAUAUAAAAGCUGGAAAUAACGCUGGAUUGUACCGGAUGAGCCUAAGAUAAGUGUUAUGCAGGUGUGGUGCCUGAUGUGUACAGCAACGCCUUGUUCUUCACCUUGUGGCCAAUGCCAGGUGCACCAAAGCAUUUCUCUGCUGCCUUCUGGGGCAGUGUUGAUAGGAGCGAAAUGUUUUAGAAACUCCGAGGGAAACCCAUAUUUGAGGCGAGAGCUGGUUACCUGCCUUAGAAACUGUUGAAAACUUUAGUCAGUUUCACUUUGGAUCUUUGUAAUACUUGAUAUUCUGGGUAAACAGUGUGUGCCUGUUAAUUUUGGCCCCUGUUCUUAAAAUAAGAUCAUACCUUGCAUAGUUAGAAGUUUCUGUGCAGAGAUGCGCUGAGAAGUGUUAGAACGUUACAAGCUCAACAGUGCAAUCGAUUGCUUAGGAGGCUGGGGAGUGUAUUUAUGUUGGUGCACAAGGAUGUGUGGAAGUCUUGUGGCGCUAGGGCGUGGGCCUUGUUCUCAGUGCAGCUCUUCAUUCUGUCAGGCCUCCAGAGUUCCAGUGGGCCUACUGUGAGGCCAGUAGCUACUUCGAAGUGCUGGCUGCAGGAUAAAGCCGACUCCUAGGCAGCUGACUCAGCCCUUGAUGGCCAUUUCUCCUACAAGGUUUUUUGUUUGUUUGUUUGUGUGUGGGGGAAGGGUUUGGGUAUUGGAAUGGGGGUGAAUUUGAAAGUUAAAGUUAAAACUAGAAAUGAGAUGAUGUCUGCUUGCUGUCUGUUUAAGACCGGCUUUAAGACCAAUUGGAUUUAUGUGGAAGCCAGGCCGGACGGAGAGUGAUAAUUGAUGACUCGAGUGCAGACAAGCAUUUAUCCAGGUUGCAUUAUCCAAAUUGGUUUGUUAAAGCUCCAGAUCACAUUCUUACACUAAGAAAAACAUUCAGUAAACAUGAGACAAGUUUAGGAAAAACUAAUAAAAGAAACCUGUCAAACCA